AUGACCUCUCAGACCGCUCUCCGACGAGUCCUCCUUACCUCGCUAGCACGUAGGAACUAUGUCUCCACAUCAAGAAAAGGCCUCACCACGCAGCAAAAAGAGAUCGUGAAGUCCACGAUCCCCGCUCUCCAGGAACACGGAAUCACAAUCACAUCCCUGUUCUACAAGCAGAUGCUCGCGGCUCACCCGGAACUGAAAAACAUCUUCAACACCGCCCACCAAGACACCGGCGAGCAGCCUGCGGCGCUGGCCCACGCCGUAUGGGCAUACGCUAUGAAUAUCGACCACCCGGAGGCCCUGGCCACAGUGGUGUCUCGUAUUGGACACAAACAUGCCAGUUUGGGCGUCAUGCCGGAUCAGUAUCCCAUUGUUGGCGAGCAUCUGCUCAAGGCAAUAAAAGAUGUCCUGGGCCCUGCGGUUAAUGAGCAGGUACUUGAGGCCUGGUCUGUAGCUUAUCAGCAACUAGCGGAUAUUUUCAUUAAUUUCGAGGACGGGCUCUACAAAGAGGCUAUAAAGACUCCUGGUGGUUGGACGGGAUGGCGUAAAUUCUACAUCGCUAAAAAGGUUCCCGAGAGUGAUGAAAUUAUCUCUUUUCAUCUUGCUCCUGUGGAUCAUGAUAUCUUACCGCCGUACCGGCCUGGACAGUUUAUCAGUGUGCGCUGCUAUCUGUCUGAACUGGGCUCUUACCAACCACGACAGUACAGUCUGUCCGACGCGCCGAGUCGGAACCACUUCCGGAUCUCGGUGAAGAGGCAAUUCGCGUCGGGUUCGAAACCAGCCGGACGAGUAUCCAACGUGCUUCACGAGGACUUACCGGAAGGUACGGAGUUAGAUGUCAGUAUGCCGUUCGGAGAUUUCGUGUUGGAUAUCAAUAAUACCACGCCUGUGGUGCUGAUCAGUGGCGGAGUGGGCCUAACACCAAUGAUGUCUAUGUUGAAGACCAUCGUCAGUCAGCAGGGGUCGUCGCGAAGAGUCGUGUUCAUCCAUGCGGCGAGGAAUGGUCGUGUUCAUGCUAUGAAGAAUGACCUGCUACGCAUCGUCGCGGAGAAUCCGUCUGUUAGUCGUCUUGUGUUCUAUGAGGAUGCCUCGGGAGAUGAUACGCAAGGUGUGGAUUAUGAUUAUACGGGGAGGGUGGAUUUGGGUAAGAUUAAGCGUCAGGCUGUGAUUCCUAAUGCGGAUUAUUAUAUUUGUGGACCGCAGCCGUUCAUGAAAGCUCAGAGUCAGAGUCUUGAGGAUUUGGGUGUUAAUCCAGAUCGGAUUCAUAUGGAGGUUUUUGGGUCUCCGUCUGGUUGA